AUGACGUUGUCGAAUUCGGUUUAUCUUCAAAUGAUGCAAUCGGUGAAGGAGAAAACAAUCAAGCGGGAGUUUGAAGUGAAGGAGGAGGACGUCGUCAAUGAUGAUGCAUUUAUCGGUGGCACUUACCACCUGGGUGGAAACGGUUUGAAAGAGAAGGUGUUGAAGGGUAUAUCAGAUGAAGAAGUCUACAAAUUGCAAUUCGAUUGCAUAGAUGAGGCUGGAACAUUUUACAACAUGUUAGCAAAAGUAGCCGGAUUUAGUAUUCGAAAAGAUGAUUUGAAGCGAGACAAGAAUGGAGAUAUAAUAUCACGAAAGUGGGUGUGUUCUAGAGAAGGACAGCGAGCGACAAAGUUUAUUGAAAAUGACAAGCGACAGCGUGAGCCACGAUCAUUGAGUAGAGUUGGAUGUGAAGCUGCAUUUCGUGUAGGCUUGAAUAGGAAAGAUGGAAAGUGGAUUGUAAAGGAAUUUAUAGGAGAUCAUAAUCAUAAUUUGGUCGAUGCUAUCAACACACAAUUCCUUCGGUCUCAUCGAACAAUAAGUAAUCCAGAUAAGGCACAAGUUGAUGUUUUGCGUAAAGUAGGUGUUAAAACCACACAAAUUAUGGACUAUAUGGUCAAACAAUCAGGGGGACAUGAGCACGUCGGUUUCACACAAAAAGAUAUAUACAAUCACGUUGAUGCAAUGCGUAGAAGUGAAAUUAAAGACGGUGAUGCAGAAGCGGCAUUGGCUUAUUUGUGUGGAAAGGCAGAAAUGGAUUCUUCAUUUUUUUAUAAAUUCAACAUUGAUGAAGAAAGUCGACUAGCAAAUUUGUUUUGGGCUGAUUCAACUGCUCGAAUGGAUUAUGCGUGUUUUGGAGAUGUCCUAGCAUUUGACACAACCUAUAGGACAAAUGCCUAUAAAAAGCCUCUAGUAGUGUUGGUCGGUGUUAAUCAUCACCACCAAACUGUUGUAUUUGGUUGUGCGUUAUUGAUAGAUGAAAGUGUUGGGACAUAUGAAUGGGUGUUGGAGACAUUUCUUGAGGCAAUGAUGAAUAAGAAACCCAUAUCUGUUGUAACCGAUGGGGAUAAAGCUAUGCGUAAGGCAAUUAAAAAAGUAUUGCCCGAUACGUGUCAUCGAUUGUGUUCAUGGCAUUUGCAACGAAAUGCAUUCACGAAUGUGCAUAUUAAGGACUUCUCAAGCAUAUUUGCAAGGUGCAUGUUCAUGCGUGGGAAUGAAGAAGAAUUUGAAAAGGUUUGGCAUGAAAUGGUUGCAAAUUGGGACUUAAUGAGAAUCGUUGGGUGA